UCAACUUUAUUUUUUCUGCGGCUUGAUUAUGCACGGGACUGAUUUUGUCUGCUCCAGAGACGCCAGAUCUAUAGAGUUCAGGCGUAUUGUAAAAGAUGGUUGAUUCUGGCUGAUGUAAAAUCGUAAUUUUGCCUUUUAUAACCAAAUCACUGGCUCAGUAUAGCGGUUUUUGGUUGACGCUAAGCCGGCAGAUGAAAACAACAACAACAUGUAAUGUCAGAAAUCUACCAGUCGAUUUGCAGCCGUGGUUGAUGAAGACAGCGCUCACUCAUGACUUGCGAACAUUCGGCCAUUGUCCAGACAUCUGCAGAAAUUAGCCAUCAUAUUUCUCAUUUAACUAGUAGAAGUUGACAUCAAAAAUGAUUUGUAGAAAGUGCCGAUGUGGUGUGAACAUUUUCAUCCGAACUGUUCACACUGCUCUCUGUCUGGGCGUUCCGAUAACUUUGAUGGUAAAAGACACGUCUCUGAGUCGUUCAGUGUUGCAUCUAGAGGAACCUGCAUAUGGGAUCAGCUACCUGGGACUUCUGCUGCUCUCCAUGCUGAUGUACUACUGUGCAUGUCUGGUGGAUCCAGGGUUUGUCCCUCUACCCAACAAGAAGAACAGCGUUAACAACAAUUCGGAUGAGGAAGCAGAAGCGGAGGACAGUUGCAUGCUGGGUACUCACAAACCAGGCGACUGUAAAUACAGACGAUGUGACUACUGUGAAAUUCAGCAACCAAUGAGAACGAAGCACUGUGAAGACUGUCAGCGUUGUGUAAGGAAGUAUGACCAUCACUGCCCCUGGCUAGAGGCCUGUGUCGGAGAGAGGAACCACAAGUUCUUCUGGCUCUUCCUCCUCACCACAGCUGUCCUCGUCUGGUGGACACUGCUCAUUACGUGGAAAGCCAUGGCGUUCCAGGUCGAAUGGGGAGAGUGGUUCCAUGACAACAUGCUGUUUAUCCUGGAUAUGAUCGUGCUUCUGAUAGGUGGCUUUGUGGUGACUGGCCUGCUGGCCUUCCAUACAUACCUCAUGUCACGCGGCGUCACCACAUGGGAGAGCGUCUCAAGGGAGAGAAUCACGUACCUCAAGUACCUAGACGAGGACUACAAUCCUUUUGAUGAAGGCAUCAUCAAAAACAUCUACAACUUCCUCUGCACCCACAACAUUCGACGCUGGGAGCUCAUCUACUCCAAGAAAGCCGAAGUGAAGAAUUCUGGGAUUGUGUGAUGCGGUCCCGUGAAGAUGUGACCACAUAACUGCAGAAACUUAAAAUCCAACCCAGUGACCUUGUUUGUAUGUUUGUUUGAGGGUUUUUUGUGUAUGUUUUCUCGGCAUCUUAGUGCCAAACCAUCUUUCUUGCUGAAUUUAAUGACAAAAAUGUUUUUACCAUUUCAUAGAAUUUUAUCACAUGCAUACUCAUUAACUAGACACAUUUCCAUGCCAAGUUGUCUCCUCUUGCCAACAGAGGGUGUUUAACCCCACAGAACAACAUGCUACCUGUUAACAAGUCGGAGAACUUUGUGUGAACUUCAUGAUUGUUGGUGUGACAUCUCAAACUUGUCAAUUCACACAUACAUGUGUGUUGUGAACAUUAAACCAACUUGAUAGAUGAUGUUGCACAAAAAACCCCAACCUGAUAACUUGUCGGAAUCUCAGAGUCUGCACUUUUGAAUGUAAAAAUUAGCCUAAAUGACCAGAAAUUUUGUCCAUGACUAGCUGGCCCAUUUUUCAUGAUUCUGAGAGUUCUAAUUGAAAUUUGAGAAAAAAUAUUUUGAGGUUUGCAUGGAACAUGAAAUGAUAACUGUACUGGAAAAAGUUUCAGCGCGAAAAAAAAGUAUUUUGUGACAUUUAUUUGCCCCUAAAAAUGUACUUUUGUGGACAAAAUUUUUGGUCAUUUAGGGUGAUAUGUAUCGUUCAGGGGCAAAUA